AUGUCUACUGAUUUAAGAAACUUAACAGAAGCAAUAGAAAAUUUAGCAGAAGCAACAAAGGAUUUGGAAAAAUGGAAGACGAGCGCGGCAGAGAACAUGGAUAAUAUGUUUCUGGUCCUGAUGGGGAUCAUUAUAUACUUAAUGCAGGGUGGAUUUGCUUUGAUCGAAUCUGGCUGUGUCCGAAGUAAAAACACCACGAAUAUCCUGAUAAAGAAUCUGUUAGAUUCCUUCAUUUCAGGAGUGUUCUAUUGGAUUUUCGGAUACGCCUUCGCAUUUGGCGCGGGGAACGCCUUCAUAGGUUACGAUCAUUUUGCCCACGGCGGUAUGGACGAUUCAUCCUACGCCACCUGGUUUUUCCAGUACGUAUUUGCUGCCACCGCUGCCACGAUUGUUUCUGGAGCAGUUGCAGAAAGAUGCGAAUUCAUAGCUUAUCUUGUUUACAGUUCUUUAAUAACAGGAUUUAUCUACCCUGUAUUGACACACUGGGCGUGGUCGUCGGAGGGAUGGAUGAACCAGGGCUUCACUUACGACACGGGAGACAACUCCACCAAUACGAUCGCAAUAUCAUACCAGGAUUUUGCGGGUAGCGGAGUAGUGCAUACAUGUGGUGGGAUCGCUGCAUUUUUGGCGGCAUUGGUAAUGGGACCCAGAAUUGGGAGAUUCGAUAAAGAAACAGGGGCACCACUGGAGAUCAAAGGUCACUCUGUACCGCUGGCUGCCCUCGGAGGAUUUAUUUUGAUCUUUGGUUUCCUGGCUUUCAACGGCUCCUCCCAAGGCUCUAUUUCUAACCCUGGAGAUGGAGCUGCAGUCGCUAUGGCGAUAAAGAAUACCGUCAUGUCAGGUUCUUCCGGCGCUUUUACAACAAUGUUCAUGAACAAACUUCCAUGGUUUGGAGAUCGGAAGUGGAGUUUUGCAACCACGCUUAAUGGUGCUUUAGCAGGAAUGGUAUCCAUCUGUGCUGGUUGUAACCAAAUGGAAACUUAUGCUGCUUUUAUUGUUGGAAUUGGAGGAGGUGUUGCCUAUAUGAUCACCACAUGGUUGGUUCUAUUCAAAUUCAAAGUUGAUGACCCUCUGGACGCAUGCGCAGUGCACUACGGAGGAGGAGUGUGGGGAGUAAUUUCAAUCGGGCUCCUUUCUAGAGAUGUUGGGAUUCUGUAUAAAUGGAAUGCCGAGGCCGGUCUGACCCUGGCUUGGCAGCUGACAUGCCUGGUGGCCAUUAUUGCGUGGACUGGUGCUCUUUGUUUUGUUAUGUUCUACAUCCUUAAAAAGCUUCACCUCUUAAGAGUAUCAUUCGAGUGGGAAACGAAAGGUUUGGACAUUCCAAAACACGGAGAACCAGCGUAUCCGGCCGAGGCAUACGGACACGGAUGGGGGGAGAAGGGGGACACCUUGUUCACGAUGGUUAAAAAAGCAACUAAAGUUUCCUCUGAAUCUACUAUGAAACUUGCUUUAUCAGAAAUUUCCCUUGGAAAUGUGAGCGUCCUAACAAAUAUGACGGAAAAAACCCAGUUGUAAGGACUAUUGACUAAAUAUUCGACAAGUGAA